AUGCUUGGGACGACGGCAUCCCGCACUCUCCUGCUCGUUGGCGUCGUCCUGACGGCGCACAUGUUCUUGUGCACGGCGUACGUCGGCGGCGAUGGGUUUAGCGUGGAGUUCAUCCACCGUGACUCCGUCAAGUCGCCGUACCAUGACCCGUCGCUCACUACGCACGCUCGCGUGCUCGAGGCCGCGCGCCGGUCUUCAUCGCGCGCCGCUGCGCUCUCGCGCUCCUACGCCCGCGCCGACGCACCAUCAGCCGACGGAGCCGUCUCCGAGCUCACCUCCAGGCCGUUCGAGUACCUGAUGGCCGUGAACGUGGGCACGCCGCCCACCCGCAUGCUCGCCAUCGCCGACACCGGCAGCGACCUCAUCUGGCUCAACUGCAGCAACGGAGCCGGCGCUCCUGCGCCGCCGCCGGGCGUCCAGUUCAACUCCUCCAGUUCGACGACGUUCGGUCUCAUGAGCUGCGGCACCGGCGCAUGCCGCGCGCUCCCCGAUGCCUCCUGUCCCGACUCCAAGUGCAGGUAUCUCUACUCCUACGGCGACGGCUCCCAGACGAGCGGCCUCCUCUCCACGGAGACCUUCACCUUCGCCGACGACCAAGGCACCCGCGGCGAUCGGGAGAUGCGCGUGGCCAACGUCAACUUCGGCUGCUCCACGACCAUGACCGGCUCGUUCAUCGGGGACGGCCUCGUCGGGCUCGGCGGCGGCGACCUCUCCCUCGUCAAUCAGUUAGGCGCAGACACAUCGCUUGGCCGGAGGUUCUCCUACUGCCUCGUGCCCUACUCCAUCAACGCCUCCUCCGUGCUCAACUUCGGCCCCCGCGCCACCGUGACGGAGCCGGGCGCGGCGACGACGCCGCUGAUCCCAUCUGAAGUGAAGGCCUACUACACCGUCGAUCUCCAGUCCGUCAAGAUCGGCAACAAGACCCUCGCGGCGCCGCAGCAGUCCCCCGUCAUCGUCGACUCCGGCACGACGCUGACGUACCUCGCGAACGAGCUUGUGGACCCAUUGGUGGAAGAGCUGACCCGGAGGGUCAAGCUCCCGCCGGCGAAGUCGCCGGAAGAUCUCCUGCCACUGUGCUUCGACGUGAGCGGGGUACGAAAGGGACACGUGGCGGCGAUGAUCCCUGACGUGACGCUGGGGCUGGGCGGCGGCGCGACGGUCACGCUGAAGGCGGAGAACACGUUCCUGGAGGUGCAGGAGGGGACUCUGUGCUUGGCGGUGGCGGCGCCGUCUGACCAGUUUCAUCCUGUGUCCAUCAUCGGGAAUUCGCGCAGCAGAACAUGCACGUCGGCUAUGACCUCGACAAGGGCACCGUGA